AUGCGUGAAGAAGAAAAUGCCGUCGGAAUGCUCUACAAUGCGAGCGCAUGGCAUGUGUAUGUCCGUCAGUUGUAUACAAGCUCUGGUGGACCAUUAAUUAAAAAAUCUUUAACAUGGAAACCAGGGACUCCAAUUGAAAACCAAGAGGAAAUAUACCCUGAGCAAAUGAAGAACUUCUACGGGGAAAAAUUUCAUAUAUCCACUCUGGAUUUCCGUCCCUUCACUGACUUCAUACGGCAGCCCAACACUCGGGUCGUGAAAGAAGCUCCGAGUUUGGAUAUUUACAUCUUACGAGAAGUCGCUCGCCAUCUUAACUUCACUUACGACAUCGUAACUCCAAUGGAUGACUUAUGGGGAACUCGCCUCGAGAACGGGUCAUGGACGGGAGUCGUGGGUGACGUGCAGUUUCGUCGCAGUAACUUCUCGUUGGUUUUAUCCCUGACGAUGGAGCGACGACUCAUCCUCGACUUCACACGCAUGUAUUACACGGACCCAUUGACCUUUGUCACGGCCAAGAACCGACCGCUGCCGCAGUGGCAGAAAGUCUUCGAGCCUUUCGCUAACAACGUGUGGCUGUUGUGGGGCACGACUCUGGGGACUUGCUCUGUGCUUUACCACGGCCUCCGCAAGCUCAACCCCCUGAUCGGCCAGCGCGCAACCUUCUCCCAGAGUUGCCUGGACAUCUUCGGCAGUUUCCUCAGUCAAAAUCUCCAACGAAUUCCAUCAAAAACCAUGACACAGGUGUUCAUUGCAACCUGGUUGAUAUACGGACUGUUGACAACCACAUACUACAAGUCCGCCCUCAUGGCCGUCCUUGCUGUACCCACGACACCGCCUACCCUCAACACGCUGCAAGAACUUUACGACUCCAAGAUCCAGUAUGGCAUGAUUGAUGCUAAGGGCUCAGAAUAUCAGCUGUUCUCGACAUCCAAAAUCGAUCUGUACCAGAAGCUGUUCCAGAAAAUGUCGUUUUACUCGUCAAAAGAAUCAAUGCGGCGCGUGGCUGAGGGAAGCUACGCGUACAUUUACUUCAGGGCGAACAUCGAGAGCAUCGUCAUGUCUGAGUACACCGACCGCGCUGGGCAAACUUACAUGCACAUCGCGGCAGAAAACUUCUUCCCCGGAGGCUAUGCCUGGGCCUUCCCCAAGGGUGCACCAUAUAUGCGGACCAUUGAUCAAUUGAUGCAGCGAUGUCUGCAAGCUGGGCUCGUAUCGCGCUGGGUGUUGCAGCUCAACAAACUCUACGCUAAAGAGAAACAUGAGAACUCCAGCACCGAUGAUGUGUUACGACCAAUAGAUGAUGGUUUGGUGGUACUCCAGAUGUCGCACCUUCAAGGCCCUUUCAUCCUCCUUGUCAUGGGGUUGGUGCUGGGGUUGACGAGCUUCAUCGUGGAAAUGGCUUCUUGCAAACGUCAAAAAUUGCUUGAAAAAAAACCUGUUACCUCUUACCGUAAAUAACCAUAACUAAUUACCGUUAAU